AUGGCGGCCACUACGCUAGCAGUGAUUAAAACUGUCUGGGUAUUGGGAGGUGAUGAUCCGGGGAAGAGGAAAAGCGCCGGGACGACGAUGAGAUUGGCCGUUGAGUUGGGAAGGAGGUUUCGCUUGCUUGGAGAACAGCAGGGAGGUGGAGAAGGGAGUUUCGGUUUCGAGAAUGGCAACCGUGCUCGAAGGAGAAGAUUGCUGCAUGUACAAGUAGACGUUGUUGGCGGAGAAGGAGAAGAAGGGAGGGGAGAGGAGCAAGAGGAAGCGAGGAGGGAAGCCAUGGAGGAUAAAAAGAAAGGGAAGAAUUUGUGGCGCUGA